UCUUCUUCAAGAAUUCCUCUGAAACCCCAACUCUUGGUUUAAAGAAAAAAGCCAAAACUUUCCUCCUAAACAAACAACGUUCUCUUCAAAAAGAACCCAGUUCUUGAUUUGCAACCCCAGUAUUGAUCUCUCUGUCUCUCACACUCUGAGCAAUUAAGGAUGAAGCGUCGACUACGUUCAUCUUCUAAGGCCGAUGAGGGUCUUGUCUCGUGUCUCAGUGCCACAUUCUGUGGUGAAAACUUCAAAAGAUGUAAACUUGGGCAUCCCAAUCACAUAGAGCAACCGUUCUUGGAUGAUGAUGAUGUUGUUGAUCAAGUUGCUCUGUUGCGUGACUGGAAAACCAAUGAUUUGUUGCGUAAGAAAAAGCUUAUUCUUGUUCUAGAUUUGGACCAGACUUUACUCGAGGCGAGAGCAAUCAAAAAGUUAACUUCCGAAGAGAAUUAUUUGCUUGGUCAAGAUUGCACAUCAAGAUCUGGUGGCAAAGGUAGUCUCUUUAAGUUUGAAGUGGAACCCCUAUUGUUGGUGAAACUGAGACCCUUUGUUAGGGAGUUUCUGAAAGUGGCUAAUAACAUGUUUGAGAUGUACAUAUACACUCGGGCUUGCCGAGUCUAUGCCUUGAAGGUUGCUCAUUUGCUAGACCCAGAUGGGGAUUACUUUCUUUCUAGAAUAAUCACAAGGGAUGAAAGGCCUGGUUGUGAUAAAAAGUGCCUUGAUGAGGUGUUGGGGCACGAAAAUGUGGUUCUCAUAGUUGAUGAUAACAGAAACAUGUGGCCUAAGCAUCAAGCAAAUUUGAUAAACAUUCAGAAAUAUGAGUAUUUUGCUUCAAGUUAUUGGAGAGCAAGGGAUGACAGAUAUAAGUCUCUGGCAGAGAAGAAGAUUGAUGAAAGUGAGACUAAUGGGCCGCUUGCGAGAAUUCUUGAUGUUCUUCAAAGAAUUCACGAACUGUUUUUUCAUCCAAAGCUUGAAGUUGAUCUUGCUCAUAGAGAUGCAAGGUUAGCACUCAAACUGAUUCGACUUAAGGUGCUAGGUGGGUGUGUUUUAUUUUUCGGUGAAUUGAUUUCGGGGCCACCGGAGGAAUCACAUAUCUGGGGCAUGGCAGAGGAGUUAGGAGCAAUGUGCACUGUGGAACUCGGUCCAGCAGUGACACAUGUAGUGACAGUGGACAUUGAAACAGAGGAGGCUCAGUGGGCAGAGCAGAAAAAGAAGUUCUUGGUUCACCCAACUUGGAUACGAGCAGCUUAUCAUUCAUUUCAAAGGGAACCAGAAGGCAAUUUCCCACCGAGCAUCGAUCUCUCUGAGUGUAAGAGCAAACUAAGGAUGAAGCUUCGACUACGUCUACGUGUACCUUCUAAGCCCGAAAACGGUCUUGUCCGCGAACACUUGGGAACUGAUUCUGAUUCUGAUUCACACCAACAAAACAUCAAAAGACGCAAACUUAAUGAAUAUCGUAACGAUGUUAUCAAAUUGGAACGUGACUGGAAAACCCAUCAUUUGCUUCGUAAUAAAAAGCCUAUUCUGGUUCUUGAUUUGGACCUCACAUUGAUGGAGUCAACAGCAAUUGAAAAGUUAAGUUCGGAAGAGAAAUAUUUGCUUGAGGAGGCUGAAGUUGUUGAACAAGGUGGUGGCAAAGGUACACUCUUUGCGUACGAAGACAAAAAGUUCCCACUGUUGGUGAAACUGAGACCCUUUGUUAAGCAGUUUCUGAAAGCGGCUAAUGACAUGUUUGAGAUGUACAUUUACACUAAAGCAAACCGAAUCUAUGCCCUGAGGGUUGCUCGUUUGCUAGACCCAGAUGGGGAUUACUUUGCUUCUAGGAUAAUCACGAGGGAUGAUGAAAGACCUGGUUGUGAGAAAAAGAGCCUUGAUGAGGUGAUGGGGCAUGAAAAUAUGGUUCUUAUAGUUGAUGACAACAGAGACAUGUGGCCAAAGCAUCAAGAAAAUCUGAUAAACAUUCAUGCAUAUCGGUACUUCUCUUCAAAGAGUGAAAAGGAUGACAACUAUAAGUCUUUUGCAGAGAGGAAGAUUGAUGAAAGUGAGACUAAUGGGAUGCUCGCCAGAAUUCUUGAAGGUCUUCAAAGAGUUCACAGACAGUUUUUUCAUCCAGAGCUUGAAGUUAAUCUUGCUCAUGGAGAUGCGAGGUUAAUACUUAAAAUGAUUCGACUUAAGGUGCUAGCUGGGUGUGUUUUAUUUUUCAGCACAAGUUGGUUUAUGGGGAAUCCACCGGAGGAAGUGCCUUUCUGGAUUAUGGCAAAGGAGUUAGGAGCAAUGUGCAGCUUGGAACUUGGUACAGCAGUAACACAUAUGGUGAUAGUGGACAUGGAAACAAAGGAGACUAAGUGGGCAGAGCAGAAAAAGAAGUUCUUGGUUAAUCCAGGUUGGAUAGAAGCUUCAUAUCAUUCAUGUCGAAGGGAACCAGAUGAUAAUUUCGCAGUUCAUGAGGCAUUCUUGUGAUAUGUAUUCUUAGAAGCUAUUUUUCUGCUAUUUUUCCCGUUGAAUUAAAAUGCAUGAAAUGUGUCCUUUAUUCAUUUUAAGUUAAUGAACAUUUUUUCUUUGAAAUAACAUUCUUUCCAAGUACAAGAUUGACAAAUUUGCAAGGAAACAUUUAUGAAGUGUGUCCCAUUGUGAGGACACUUUUUCCCUUUGUAGCCAAUCUAACAUGCCC